AUGUACGUCGCCACGGUAAGCCAUCCUGAUGUCGUAUGUGCAAUAGGAAAGUUAAGCCAAAGAUGUGCGAAUCCGACGGUGUCUGAUUGGAAGGCAGUGAGACGUAUUUUUAGGUACCUGUUAAAAACUAAAGACUUAAAGUUAGUAUACCAAAGGACAGGACAACCUUUGAAGGUGUUUUGUGAUUCCGAUUUUGCAGGCUGUGCAAUAGAUAGGAAAUCUAGAAGCGGGUAUGUUUUCAUACUUGCUGGUGGAGCAGUAUCUUGGUUGUCGAAGAAACAACCAAUCAUAUCUCAAUCGACAUACAAAGCGGAGUUCGUAGCGAUGCAAGAGGCAGCUAGAGAGACUGUGUGGAUGUCCUUAUUCUUAAGGGAGUUAGGUCAAUCGUCAUAUUGUCCGCGUCCAUGCAAAAUUUUCUGUGACAACAUUGGAGCUAUUUCGGGUCCAAGGAUGAAGUAG